AUGAGCUUCCUGAAAUUCCUCUUCGUCAUUGUCUUCGCUCUUGCCACAGCGAUCGCAGCUCCUAGCCCGCACAUCGGCAUGGUAAACAACGACAAUGUCCGUGAUGUCGGCGUGGUUUACUCUCAGCCGGGGUACGCUUCGAAGCCCGAGUUUCUCCUCAUGGACAAGAAGAUCCCUAAGUGCAAUCCGCUUGACGAUAACAAUAUCUGGUCUAUCAUGAUAUGCGUCGAAUCCAUCGAGUGCGACUUCUGA